GACAAAAUUGUUUGUUGUACCUAUAUUUAUUGACCAAACCUUCAUAACUCCAACAAUUGUGGAUUUGUGAGGUCGAAACUCAACAUUUUUCCUCAACUCUGACAAGUGCUUUAGUUUCUUCAAUUAGGAUAUAUUAUGGAGACUUCAAGCUUCAGAAGCUUACCUGAUUUGGGAGUUGAUGAUGCCUUGUUCUCCCAAUCCCAUCAAUGGCCUGCAAACAAUUCCCACGUGGAGCUCAGCACAGAAUCCAUUGCCUCUUUAAUCUAUGAAAAUUUCCAACACUCUUUCUCUCAACAACAGCCUGUACUGGACUUCAAACGGGCCGCGGAAUCUCCUGGGCCGUGGCCCAAUAGGCAACCCAAGCAGCUAAAGCCCACAAGCAACUGGGAUUCUUGCAAAGCUGAAAACAUGUUUAUUUCGGACUCAAAUCUCAGCAUUAAUCCAUCAUUAGGAAUGGUGAAGCCUAAAGAGGAGACAAUGUGGUCUUCUUAUUACAACACCACGAAUCCACCUUGUGAGAGUAUUGCUUCGUUUGGUAACCAGGAUUACUUUACCAAGCCCGGUAAAAGAGUGAUUAGCACACCAAACACGAGAAUGGCCCAAACUCCACAGGAUCAUAUCUUGGCUGAGAGAAAGAGGAGAGAGAAGAUCAGCCAGAGGUUCAUUGCCCUUUCUGCCCUUGUCCCGGGAUUGAAAAAGAUGGACAAGGCCUCUGUUCUUGGAGAUGCUGUUAAGUACCUAAAACAACUGCAGGAAAAAAUAAAGGUUCUCGAGGAACAAACUAAGAAAAAGUCAACGGAAAAGUUAGUUUUUGUCAAGAAAUACGAAAUCUGUGCUGAUGGCGAAAGUUGCUGCACAGAAGAGAACUUUUCCGGUUUUGCCCCUGCAGCUACUGAGCCACUCCCAGAGAUUCAGGCAAGAUUCUGUGACAAGGAUGUCCUUAUCAUCAUCAACUGUGAGAAACGAAAAGGUGUGCUGGAAAAAGCAGUUGCCGAGAUUGAGAAGCUCAACUUAUCAGUUGUUAACAGUUGUGUAAUGGCAUUUGGAGAUUCUGCUAUCAACAUAACACUACUUGCCAAGAAGGAGGAACGGUUCGACUUGAACAUGAAGGAACUGACGAACAAUUUAAGCAGUGCGCUUAAAUUGUUCAUGUGAAAGCGCAUUUAGUAGUAUCAUUUCACCACAUAUUUCCUAUCGAAUUUCCGUUUUUGCCUUCAUCAUGGCUAUAAGGCCUGUGAAGUCUCCACCAUUUGAAGAGAUCCCUUGGAAACAUGUUUGGCUAUGUGGGUUCAUUUUGAANUUUUUUCUCUAUUGU